CAGCAACAGUUUCAAAGUGCUCUAUUUUGGGCAGAUAAAGUAGCUUCACUCUCUCAUGAGGAACCCCAGGACAUAUAUUGGUUGGCGCAAUGUCUUUACCUGACGGCACAAUAUCAUAGAGCAGCCCACGCACUUCGGUCACGAAAACUGGACAAAAUGUAUGAAGCAUGUCGUUAUCUUGCAGCUAGAUGCCAUUAUGCUGCAAAAGAGCACCAACAGGCACUUGAUAUUCUUGAUAUGGAGGAACCAAUCAACAAAAGAUUAUUUGAAAAAUACUCGAAGGAUGAAAGUGGUUUGAAGGAUUCCUCCAGUGACUGGGAGAUGUCACAAUCCUCAAUAAAGAGCUCUAUUUGUCUCCUACGAGGGAAAAUCUAUGACGCCCUGGAUAACCGAACCCUGGCUACCUAUAGCUACAAAGAAGCAUUGAAACUGGAUGUCUACUGUUUCGAAGCAUUUGAUCUUUUAACAUCACACCACAUGUUGACAGCACAAGAAGAAAAAGAACUUCUUGAGUCGCUACCUCUUGGCAAGCUUGGUACUGAAGAACAGGAAUUGCUGCGUUUUCUAUUUGAGAACAAAUUAAAAAAAUAUAAUAAGCCUAGUGAAACUGUCAUCCCUGAGUCUGUAGAUGGCUUGCAAGAGAAUCUGGAUGUGGUAGUGUCUUUAGCUGAGAGACAUUAUUAUAACUGUGAUUUCAAAAUGUGCUACAAGCUUACUUCUGUAGUAAUGGAGAAAGAUCCUUUCCAUGCAAGUUGUUUACCUGUCCAUAUAGGGACACUUGUGGAGCUGAAUAAAGCAAAUGAACUUUUCUAUCUUUCUCAUAAACUGGUGGAUUUAUAUCCUACUAAUCCUGUGUCUUGGUUUGCAGUGGGAUGUUACUAUCUCAUGGUUGGCCACAAAAAUGAACACGCCAGAAGGUAUCUCAGCAAAGCUACAACACUUGAGAAGACCUAUGGGCCUGCAUGGAUAGCCUACGGCCAUUCGUUUGCGGUGGAAAGUGAGCAUGACCAAGCGAUGGCUGCUUACUUCACAGCAGCACAGCUGAUGAAAGGGUGUCAUUUGCCAAUGCUGUAUAUUGGAUUAGAAUAUGGUUUGACCAAUAACUCAAAACUGGCUGAAAGGUUCUUCGGCCAGGCCCUGAGCAUUGCACCAGAAGACCCUUUUGUUAUGCAUGAGGUUGGCGUGGUUGCAUUUCAAAAUGGAGAAUGGAAAACAGCAGAAAAAUGGUUUCUCGAUGCUUUGGAAAAAAUUAAAGCAAUUGGGAAUGAGGUAACAGUUGACAAAUGGGAACCUUUGUUGAACAACUUGGGGCAUGUCUGCAGAAAACUUAAAAAGUAUGCAGAAGCUUUAGAUUACCACCGUCAGGCGUUGGUGUUGAUUCCUCAGAAUGCAUCCACCUAUUCUGCUAUCGGAUAUAUCCACAGUCUGAUGGGCAACUUUGAAAAUGCUGUGGACUAUUUCCACACAGCCCUUGGUCUCAGGCGAGAUGAUACAUUUUCUGUUACAAUGCUUGGUCAUUGCAUUGAAAUGUACAUCGGUGACUCUGAAGCUUAUAUCGGAGCAGACAUUAAAGACAAAUUAAAAUGUUAUGACUUUGAUGUGCAUACAAUGAAGACACUAAAAAACAUUAUUUCACCUCCGUGGGAUUUCAGGGAUUUUGAAGUAGAAAAACAGACUGCAGAAGAAACGGGGCUUGCACCACUGGAAACCUCAAGGAAAACUCCGGAUUCCAGACCUUCCUUGGAAGAAACCUUUGAGAUCGAAAUGAAUGAAAGUGACAUGAUGUUAGAGACAUCUAUGUCAGACCACAGCACGUGACUCCAGACGGUGGCCUGGUUCCGUUUGUUCCAGUGUAGGUCAGUAUUCCCUCCCAUCCUUGCCAUGGCUUAAGAACUUCCCACUUCCUAACAUGAAUCCAAACUACAUCUCUACAUUUAGGAACAGAGACCUGCCUUAAGAGACUGGAUCGCACACCUUUGCCACAGAUGUGUUGUGAUUCUCUGAACCUCCACAGUAGUUAAACAUAGUGGAAUAAAGAAGGUAAACCAUCUGCUACGUCUUUUUUUUUUCCUUUUUCAAUAAAUUUUUAUUUGGGAUUAAUUGUAGAUUAAUAGGAAAAUUGUGAAGACAGUAUAGAGAGCUUCCAUGUGUCCCCCACUCAGUUUCCUCCACUGCUAACCUCAUACAUUUCCAUGGAACAUUUGUCAAGGUCAAAAAACCAACAUUAGUAGUUACUGUUAACUAAAUGCCAGUCAUUAUUUGAAUCUCACUAGUUUUUCCCUAACAUCCUCUUUCUGUCUCUGAAUCCCAUUACGAACAUGCUACACUUAGGCAUCACGUCUUUGUGUUCUCUGACCUGUGACAGUUUCUGACUUCCCUUGUUUUAUAUGACCGUGACAGUUUUGAAAAUCACUGGUCAAGUAGUCUGUGCAGUAUCCCUCAAUUUAAAUUUGUUUGAUAUAUUUCUCAUGAUUGGACUGGGAGUAUGGGUUUUGGGAUAAAGUAUCACAGAAGUCACGUGCCUUUCUCAUUGCAUCCUGUUGGGGGAGGGUAUGACUGCCAUGUGACUUCUUCCGACCGGGGGCACUUGGUCACAGUGGGAUUUGCCAGGUUUCUCUACCGCCAGAUUCCUGUCAUUCCCUUUCCAUACCCCACAGGUCAGAAGGAUUUAAGCUUCAGUCCCUGAAGGGGGCAAUAUCUGCAUGUUAUUUGAAGUUAUUCUUGAAGGUCUGUUUCUUCUCUCCCAUUUGUUUAUUCAAGCAUUUAUCAGUAUGGACUUGUGUACUCAUAAGCAUACCUUGGAGACACUGCAAGUUUGGUUUCAGACCACUGAAAUAAAGUGAAUGUCACAAUAAAGCAAGUUCUACACGUU